GAAGGUUAUAAACAAAGUAGUUGGUACUGUGAUAGAUAUGAGAGUGAGAUGGAACUAGGAAGUAUGAAGUAGGAUGGAUUGAAGCUACCAGCAGGAAAAUUGUGGACAUGAAAUUGACGAAGGGAGGGCUUUUGGUCGUGGUCGGGAUCGUCGUCCUGUCUGCGUUCCUGGCCAACGUCGCUCAGCUCAUCGCCAUCGAGGCGGCCGAAGGCGAAGAAAGACGUUUCGACGGCCGACCCGAAGACGUCUCGAUCGGCGACUCUGCAGACAAUGUCGUCUGGUUCGUCCAGAUUUCUGACCUACAUUUGAGCAUAUUCCAGGAUCCUGACAGGACAAUUGAAUUCAGGGAUUUCUGUGAGAAAACACUCGAGAUAAUCAAACCCCCUGUCGUCCUUGCCACAGGAGAUUUAACGGAUGCAAAAUCUAAAGAUAAUGUGGGCUCGAGGCAAUUUGAAGCCGAGUGGAAAAAGUACAACGAAAUAUUGACAGGUUGCUCACAACUUAAGGAAACGACUUGGUUAGAUAUUAGAGGGAAUCAUGACAAUUUUGAUGUGCCUGGUAUUUCCUCUGAAAGAAAUUAUUUUAGAAAAUAUUCGAUGCAGGGAAAACAUCACCCCAGGUCGUACGAAUAUAAACUCGUAAAAGGAAAUGUGACUUAUUCUUUUAUCGGUAUCGACGCCUGCCCGAACCAAGGGCUAAAACGGCCCUUUAACUUUAUCGGGCUGCUUCAGGAGAAGGAUUUACAAGAAAUAAGACGGCUUGCUGUUUUGGCAAACAGCUCAGAUUAUACAAUAUGGUUUGGCCACUAUCCGACUUCGUGCAUCUGGAGCCAUCCCCCAGGUGUCAAGUCUAUUAUCAGUUCGGUGAAAGGGAGCCUAGCUUACGUAUGUGGGCAUUUCCACUCAUUAUUGGGCUUUGUGCCUAAAAUGUACACCAUUCAAAAACAAGGCUUUUAUGAGUUAGAAUUAGCUGACUGGAAAGACAAUAGAAUGUUUCGUGUAAUGGCAAUUGAUCAUGGUUUAUUUUCUUUUGUCGAUGAAAAAUACAAUGACUGGCCUGUAAUUUUAAUAACAAAUCCCAAGCAUGCCCAAUUCCAGUUAUUCUCCAAAGAGCCUUUAAGAUCUACAUCUACAUCUACGCACAUCAGGAUUUUGGUUUUCUCUCCCAGCACGGUGCUGUCCGUCAUGGUGAAGAUAGACGAAAAUAAUUGGGAAAAUUGUUUGGAAUCUAAAAUAAAAAAUCUGUUCGUGCUCAAAUGGGAUCCGAAAUCUUUCAGCACCGGCAUUCACAGCAUCGAGGUAUAAAUUAUUUCUUUAUUUACAGGCAAUAGCCCA